AUGGACAGACCACGGCGCAUUGACGACCUUGCGGACGAAUUGAUCAGUCACAUCCUCUCAUUCAUCUUGGGAUCAGAGCCUUCCUCGAACGAUACCUCCCCUACGAACAGCCACGGUUCCGACGUGCCCAAUGGCAGCUCCAUCAGCGCGCAUGGUGAAACGUCCGACUUAGACCGAUUCAGACUGGUGUGUACAAGGUUCAGGCGCAUCGCCACUCCAUGGAAAUUCCCCCGUUUCGUCCUUCGCUUUUCGCGAGAUGGGUUUCGGAGGUUAGAGGACCUUCUGGACAUGCAGCUGGCCUGCCAUGUCAAAUCCUUCACGUACAUGGUGCGACCCUUUUACCAAGGAAGCGGUACCGUCUCUACUAAUUCGUUGAACUUGCACGGAAGUCAAGCUGACAAGUAUCUAGACUGGUCCUCUAUCUUGAAAGCGGUGGAAUCGCAAAACCUCGCAAUUUCACAAGUACAUAAGAGCCGGCGUGAAGACCAGGAAUACAUCAUCACUGGAGGCCAUGAUCUGCUACUCCUCCGCCGCGCUAUAUCUGCGUUCUCGUCUCUCCAGCAAAUCAAACUGCUUCGUUUACAGGAUGGGGCGGACGAGCAAUUGCGAGAUUAUAUACGUGAGCAAUCUUCAGCAGAGACUGUUUAUUUGGACUGGGAACCAGCUUGCACGCGGGCUGUCACAAGCCUAGCGACUUCUUUGUUAGAGUCAAACUGCAGUGCUAUUCGUUUCGUCGGGCCUCAGAUUAGCCCAGAGUCCGCAGCGAAGUUAGUGCAGACACCUUCGCUGACGCUAUCCACCUUAGGCGCUCGAUUGACGAGCUUAGAUGUCACCUUUCAUUCCUCCAAAGACAUGACGAGCAGCAUCAAAUCUGUCUCUAGCGUCUUCCAUGACCUUUUCGUAUCCGCAAAGAACCUGACUUCAAUAAAGCUAGGCUUUCGAGCCAAUGUACCUCUCGAUCUCUCGCUAGAACUUAUUUUCCACCGCCUACAGUGGAAAAGGCUCCGGGCUCUCAGCAUUCAGGGUUGGCGCUUAGAUUCGGGAGAGGUUAUUUCCCUGAUCCGCCGACACAGGAGACAACUACGCGAUAUCGCACUGACUGAUAUCUACCUUCGCAAUGGAGGCCGAUGGCGGGAUAUCCUGUCCGUCCUGCACGACGAAAUGGAUCAAGUAGAACGUAUUUAUCUACGAGACAUCGAUUACGCAGACCAUUUGGACUCGGACUCGCCAGAGACCAACGGUCAUGCCAGUACUUCCAGCACGGCGGUCCUCUCCGUCGUCCCCGAACCUACACUCGCCCUACCUCCUUACCAUGCAAGUUUCAAUGCGGAUUGCCCGCCUUUCUCUCCUUGCGGAAGCACCCGACGUUCAUUUUCCGAGACAACUCUGGAGCGGCUGAGAGCACUCACAGCGGAUGACCUGGGGGACAAUGCAGUGAGUGUGAGACGCGAGCAGAGGCUGCUCUGGGAGGCGUGGGUACUCUCCAGCCCCCGAAACAUGUUACGACGACGGCAAUAG